GAGCUUUCCGGGACCCGGAUAAUCCCGCCCCCCGAAGCGGAGCCGGAAGAGGGCGGGACGAACCGGAAGAAGGCGAAAUGCUUUAGGUAGGCACUCCAUGUCUGUGAAGAUGGCGCCGGCUGCGUGGCUUCAGGGGUUGCCUGUUCUUCUCCUUCUGGGGGCUCAGCCUUCCCCACUGUCACUGUUCAGUGCAGGACCUGCACCUGUGUCCGCUGCCGACCGAUCCAAAUGGCACAUUCCGAUACCGUCGGGGAAAAAUUAUUUUAGUUUUGGAAAGAUCCUCUUCAGAAAUACCACUAUCAUACUGAAAUUUGAUGGAGAAUCUUGUGAUGUAUCUUUGAAUAUUACCUGGUUUCUGAAAAGUGCUGAUUGUUACAAUGAAAUCUACAACUUCAAGGCAGAAGAAAUAGAGCCAUAUUUGGACAGUCUUAAAGAAAAAAGAGGCUUGUCUGGGAAAUAUCAAACAUCAUCAAAAUUGUUUCAAAACUGUAGUGAACUUUUUAAAACACAGAGCUUUUCUGGGGAUGUGCAUCGAUUGCCUCUUUUAGGAGAAAAGCAGGAGGCUAGGGAGAAUGGAACAAAUCUCACCUUUACUGGAGACAAAACUGCACUGCACGAACCAUUGCAAACUUGGCAAGAUGCACCGUACAUUUUUAUUGUACAUGUUGGCAUUUCAUCGUCUAAGGACUCAUCAAAGGAAAGCUCACAAAGUAAUCUUUUUACCAUGACCGUUGAAGUGAAAGGUCCCUAUGAAUACCUCACUCUUGAAGACUAUCCAUUGAUGAUUUUUUUCAUGGUGAUGUGUAUUGUAUACGUCCUGUUUGGUGUUCUGUGGCUGGCAUGGUCUGCCUGCUACUGGAGAGAUCUUCUGAGAAUUCAGUUUUGGAUUGGUGCUGUCAUCUUUCUGGGAAUGCUUGAGAAAGCUGUCUUCUAUGCUGAAUUUCAGAAUAUUCGAUAUAAAGGAGAAUCUGUCCAGGGUGCCUUGAUCCUUGCAGAGCUGCUUUCAGCAGUGAAACGCUCACUGGCUCGAACUCUGGUCAUCAUAGUCAGUCUUGGGUAUGGCAUAGUCAAGCCUCGCCUUGGAGUCACCCUUCAUAAAGUCGUGGUUGCAGGAGCACUCUAUCUUUUGUUCUCUGGCAUGGAGGGGGUUCUCAGAGUUACCGGGUAUUUUUCUUAUUCCUCAGCUCUUCUAGUAAGCCUGGCCCUCUCAGCAAUUGAUGCCUGUAUUAUCUUAUGGAUAUUUAUUAGCUUGACUCAAACAAUGAAGCUAUUAAAACUUCGGCGGAAUAUUGUAAAACUCUCUUUGUACCGGCAUUUCACCAAUACGCUUAUUUUGGCAGUGGCAGCAUCUAUUGUGUUUAUCAUCUGGACAACCAUGAAGUUCAGGAUAGUGACUUGCCAGUCGGACUGGCGGGAGCUAUGGGUGGAUGAUGCUAUCUGGAGGUUGCUGUUCUCUAUGAUCCUCUUUGUCAUCAUGGUUCUCUGGAGACCAUCUGCAAACAAUCAGAGGUUUGCCUUUUCACCGUUGUCUGAGGAGGAGGAAGAGGAUGAACAAAAGGAGCCUAUGCUGAAAGAAAGCUUUGGAAUGAAAAUGAGAAGUACCAAACAAGAACCAAAUGGAAAUAGUAAAAUAAACAAGGCACAGGAAGAUGAUUUGAAGUGGGUAGAAGAGAAUGUUCCUUCUUCUGUGACAGAUGUAGCACUUCCAGCCCUUCUGGAUUCAGAUGAGGAACGAAUGAUCACACACUUUGAAAGGUCCAAAAUGGAGUAAAAAAAUUAAAAGAUUUGGAAUUUGAAGGUGGCUAAUAAGGAAGAGAUCAGCUUCUGUGCCAGUCUUCUUUACUACUCCAUGGGAUUAAAGGAACCAGUGACAUCCUGAUCUGUUCUUUGAUCUUGCGCAUUGGAGCUGGCGAGAGAUGUCAGAGCAAGGAGGAUAUCUCACGGAAAAAACAAGUUCAUAGGAUGAAAAAAAUCUACAAGCUUCUUAUUGAUGUCCCUUUCCCUCCCAAACCCUGACACAGAUGUUUAUGCAACUUAUGUGUGCUGUUCCUGAACUUUCUAUAAUGUUUCAGUUGUUUAAUCUGUCAAACUAAAAAGUUUAACGUCUUCUAAAGGACUGUGUCAUCACCACCAUAAUAUGUAAUCUUCAGGAGCAACUGCCUGUAAUUUAUAUUUAUUUACGGAGUUACAUUGGUGAUGGGGGAAAUUGUUGAUUAUUGUUCAGUUUCCUGGAAAGUCAAGGUUAUAUCUUGCAGAGGUAUUUUUGAGAAAAAAGGGCCCUUCUGAGGUAAGGAGCUAGGGUUUUAUCAAUGAUUAAAAGGAAGAGGGAGAGAGAGAAACUGUUACAAUGUGAUUCAGAUCAUUUAAAAAAGCAAAAUCAAGUGCAAUUUUGUUUACAAAUGGUGUAUAUUAAAGAUUUUUCUAUUUCAGAUGUACUUUAAAGAGAAAUAUUAGCUUAACUCUUUUGACAUCUGCUAUUGUGACACAUCCCAUUGCUGGCAAUGUGGUGCACACUCCGAAACUUUUAACUACUGUUUUGUAAGCCUCCAAAGGCAGCAUUGAGGAGUCCUAGGCAGUGCUUUGCCUUCAUGCCAUUCAUUCACUGGGUAUUACACUAGAUGCAGAGAGAGACUCUUCAGUGCUAUGAUUGAGCACCCUGCUGCAGGUACUGUAAUGCUUCAGAAGAGGCAGCUUAUAUAAGGAAAUAGGUCCUACUGGCUUAAUUUAAACAGUUGCAUGAAGUAGUGUGGAGGCCCUGGACUGCUGUUCAUUCUUGAGGAUUGACUGUUCUAGUAUCUGCUAUUGGUUUAGAGACUGCUUCUAAGGGACAUUACCAGGUGGUGGGAUUCAUUUGAAGCACUCCAUUUCUGUUUUAAAGGUUUUCUCCAAUUUUGCUUUCCAGAUAUUUUUGUUCUACAUAAAAAAAUUCAUGCCAUUUUUUAAUAUAAAAAAUUUAACAAAAUUAA